CACCUUUGACCUCAUAAAACAGGGGUGUAUUCUACACGAAGUGAGUGUAGAAAAAGGAUGGACCCUCGCCAGAAGGAGUUCGAUGCGGCGUUAAGAAAGCUGACUCCAGUUUUCCAGAGACAGCUCGCGGCCAAAGACGUCCGCCAUGACCUGUACGGCAGAGAUCAGUUGACGUGGAACGAGUACGAACGAAUAGGCGUGGCAAGGACAGAUGGAGAGGCAGCUGAUGAGCUGAUGAAAGCUCUCCGUAGAAGAGAUUCGCGUGUUCUGGACAUUCUUGUGGAGUGCUUGGCUGAACAGCAAGAGGCAAAUGCUGAUCUCAUCCACAAAAUUAGAAAUUUCUUCCCUGAGAAACCACGCCCAACUCCACCCCCUACUAAUGACCCAGAGCCAGUGACUACCUACGACGACUGGCCUGCUCCUGUGGCAACCACACCCACUUCCCACCCCCCCAUUCCUCCUCCUCCCGAGGAGGGUACGGAUGUGGGGAGGAAAGAUGCCUACAAGAUGUCGAGCAAGCCGCGAGGCAUGGCACUCAUAAUAAACAACCGCAACUUUACCUGUGGCAUGAAGGAGAGGGUGGGGACUAACAAAGACGCUGAAAACCUGUUCAGCCUGUUCAACUGGCUGGGGCUGGCCACCAUGCGUAAGGACAACCUCACUGGGAAGGCAAUAACAAAGGAGUUUGAGGAUCUGUCACGUCGUGACCACUCUGCUUACGACUGUGUUGUGAUAGCUCUACUGACACACGGCAUUAGCGGCAGACUGUACAGCACUGAUGGUGACCUCGUCCCAAUAGAAGAACUCACCAAGUGUUUUGAUGGCGUCAAUUGUCCCUCACUCAUUGGGAAGCCAAAGGUGUUCAUUGUUCAGGCAUGUCGGGGAGGCAAGUUUGACUAUGGAGUAGACAGUGAGUCCACAGAUGGAGGUGACACUGCUGCAGAUGACAACGAACAGGUGAAGGAACUUAUGGAAAAACAGGUGACACAAACACUGGAACAGCUCUCUAGGUGACACCCCUAAUAGGCACCUCUAUAAAGGACACCAGUUGUAAUUUAGCCCUGAAACAAGGGCAACUCACUUAUGCUCACACAUUCCUCAAUUCCACUGGUGUCAACAUUGUGAUUAGUCCUCUCAGUUCGACAGAGUCAUAGAGAAGGCUCUGGAUGCAGACGAGACUGACGGUGGAGGAUACUCACGAGAGGCCCUGCCAACUGAGGCUGACUUUGUCUUGGCCUAUGCCACAGUUCCUGGGUACGUCUCCUGGCGUAAUUCAGAGUACGGGUCGUGGUUCAUCAAGGCAUUUGUGGACACAAUGAGAGAACUGGCGAGUAAAGAGCAUUUCAUGGACAUCUUGACUGAGGUGAACCGCAAAGUGGCCUAUGACUUCCAGUCACGUGGUCGCAACAAGCAAAUCCCAGCGCCUGUCACUAUGUUGACUCGCAAGCUGUACUUCAGGCCAGGUGGCCGAUGAAGAUGUCCCACUUCACCCGACAACCACUAGUCGUGUUAUUAUAAUUAUGAUGCAAACUCUGCUACACCAUUAUUCUAGACAAUUACAUGUUUGUAUCCUCUUAGUAUUGAUGACUACAGUUUUUUUACUUCAUCAGAGUAUAUACCUAUGUAGCCAUUACAUAAUAUAGUGCAUGUGCCAUUGAAAAUGAAAGCUAUGUCGAUCUGUGUGUACAGUAACCAGUGAAUUUGACAACAGCAUGAGCAAUACGUAGCUGAAAAUAGUUACUCUAUUUCCAAAAGCAACUUAAACAUUGAAAAUAAACAGCUGAUCAUGUAGGCAAUGAUUCGUGUCCACAAGAGGUUGUUUGUUAGUUCAAGGGUCAAUGAAGGAGACCACGAUGUAUCGUGUGCCACCAGUGACAGUGAGUCCCUCGUGCCAGUGGGUGAGUCUGCCCGGGUGCAUGAACGUCCAUCCUAUCUUUGUCUCCACAACACUGCAGUUGUAGCGAAGGAACCGACAACCACCUCCCUGGUGGUCGACGCCAAGGCGAGUGAGGGCCACAUUGAUAGUGAAUGUGGAGGAAUCGUGAUGUGGUCUCAGAUUAGACUGGCCCUGGGGGUGGUACUUAACCACAAAGUUCAUGAUGGCAUGACCCUUGGAAAAGUAUCCGGGGAAGACCUUCAGUUGUACUGGCACUACGUAUUUCUUGAUGAGCUCAAGCCACUGUUUCUCAAACCCAAUCUGCAGUCAGUCGGUGUAGUCAGUACACUGGUAAAAUGGAGUAUGUACAGGUGGAGAGAAACCUGGUUCAUGUGGAUGUCUCUAG